AUGGAAUUGCCUUUCUUGUUCUUGUGGAUGGCGAUAACUCUGUUGCUGCUGCUGCAAGAGUCAACUGCUUUAUCCAGCGCUACGUACGCUCAUGGUGCAGCCGCAACGGCUGCGACAGUUCCAGGACAACGCAGACUAGUGGAGAAUGGGUACGACUAUGAUUCGGACACGGCCAUCCGCUAUCAUCACAAUCAUCAUCAUGACUCGCCACAGCUACUGUUCCAGUUGUUGAGUUGGAAUGUCCUGGCUCCCGUGUACGCUCCUCCAUGGCGACAUCCUUGGUCUUUGCCGGAACAUUUGGAUUGGACCUUUCGAAAACAGCGCAUUGUCGAUACCCUCUUUGCCGCGUGCGCUCCUCCGUCAUUAUUGCCAGAUAUCAUUUGCUUGCAAGAAGUGCAAGUCGAUUUGUGGGAAUCCGAUUUGAAACCAGCCUUGCAAGCACGAGCCGCACAGCAAAGAACAGGACGACAACGGCAAAGCACGGGAUAUCAUAGCAGUUCGUAUCGCUAUCUGGAACAACUGCAAGGAAACAACAGCAUCAACAGUGAUGACGAAGAUGAUGAUCCGUACUGGUAUCUCUUGCAAAAAGUCAAAAAGAAACCAAUUGCCAAUGCCAUUUUGGUCCGCAAGGAGUUUGCUACCUGUUUGGCCGUCGAAUCCAGAUCCAGAGCUGUGAUUGCCGUACUGGAACUCAACAACAAUCGUGACAAUGACAAUGACAAUGUCAAUAAUCCACAACGAUUCAUUGUGGCCAACGUUCAUCUUCAAGCCGGUAUGGGAGCGCAUCAUCAAAUGCAACGUUUCUAUCAAAUCAAUUCCCUCAUGAAACGCAUCCGCAAGUUUGUCCGACAAUACUCUCCCAAGGGUGAAUCAUCAUCCUUGCCGGUGAUUAUAGUGGGAGAUUUCAACAUGUCACCGGAUACGCCCCUCUAUCAUUUGCUACAAAACGGAUACUUGCCACCAGAGCAGUAUAAUGACAGUGCUGCUCGUGUUUCUACCAGUAGUAGGGACCAAUUAACGCCAGAAAACUUGCAGGAACUUGCGGAAUCAUCGCUCAUCUCUCACUUGCCAUUGCAAGAUGCCUACCGCGAUUGCGAGCCACCUCAAGGGAAGCAGGCAUCCACUUAUACCAGUGGGGAUGUGAUUGAUUAUUUAUGGACCACCGUCACGACAACAACAGAUGAGUCAGCUCACGGUUCUGAUGAAAUUCCACAAACAAGAUUGGCCAUUCAUGAAACAUGGCAAGCACAUCCCGAUGGUAGCCUGGAUGCUGCUGGAAUGUUUUGCAAGGGACGACGAUAUCCCAAUGAUGAGAAUCCAUCCGAUCAUUUGCCCAUUGGUGCAAUGAUUGAGAUGGUGUCGUUGUAG